GAGGCCGUAAAAGGGAAAAAGGGGGAACAAAUACGAAAAAAAAAGUCAGGGAGCCCGACCCCGGGGGAGACCAAUUUGUGUCUGGUGGAGCCCGCCAGCAAACUGUUGAACCGUACGUUUGGAUCGACUAGAACUCCUCCGUGCGUUGGACAAACGGUUAGUGCGCUUUGUGACAGACAGUCGAUCGGCAGCCAGUUUUCCGACGUGGACGACCGGUCGGCGAUCGUGCGUGGAUCGUACGUGACAGUUAUUUGGUGAGUUUAGUUGAAAGUGAAAUACGUUCCCCGACGGUCGACUGUUGGCUGCGACGUUUGCUGGGAGCGCAAAAUAAAAACGACCAAACGAACCGAAACUGAUCGCUUGUUUUACGAUAGUGGCUACUACUAUUCACCUUGCAGCGAGCUUAUAUCCUUUAAAAAAAGAUUUUUUGGGUAAACAGUUGAGCGUUUGUGCCACUGUUAUAAAGUUAAGUUGUCACCGAUAAACAUAAGUGUGUGUGAAAAUUGUGUUAUAUGAUAACAUUACGGACAAUUGUUUUUAUUAAAACAAAUAUGAAGGCCUUUGCAUAGUGUUAUGAGUUUCAAAAGCGUCAUCAGUGUACACAAAACUGAAAAUGAUGAAAACUCAAUCACCAGAUCAGAAACGUCCCGUGUAUGAGGACAUCAAGAUCGACACGGCGUUCCGUAAGAUCAGUCCCCGAUCGAUCGGAUUUCACAUCUGGCGUAUUCAGAACGAUCACGUGGAAACGCUACCGAAGGACCAGUACGGUACGUUCUACGAUGAGUGCACGUACGUCAUCUAUGCGGCCUCGCUGGCAGGGACCAACUGUGACAAGAGCACGAUCAGUCGGGAAAUAAAAACGCCCGGUGCCGUUAUCGAGCGGAACAUCCAUUUCUGGCUCGGGUCAAACAUAACGCCGGAACGUUCCAAGUCCGCCGCGUACAAGAUCAUCGAGCUGGACCUACAUCUGGACCACAAGACGACACAGUUUCGCGAAUCGCAGGGCCAUGAGGGCAUCCGCUUUCUCUCUUACUUCAAGGAGGAAGGAAUUCUUGUACAUACCGGGUGUGAUGCCUCGUCGACUCCGGUGGAACCACGGCUUUACCAAAUCACCGGUACUGCCCCGCAACGGUGCGUCCAGCAGAAAACCAUCAGCUGGCAAUGCUUCAACAGUGGUCAGGUGAUGAUCCUGCAGACGGGCACCAUUCUGUACGUCUGGAUCGGUCGCUCGACUGGCUCGACCGAGCGCAUCUUCGGUCUGAAGGUCGGCAAACGACUGAAAGAGCUGCACGCUAUCGCCGAGCUGGCCAUCGUCGAUGAUGGCUACGAGCAGUCGAUGACGGCCGCCCGGAAGGAGGUCUGGAAUGGGUACCUGAACCUUUCGAAACGAUUCGUCAAACCGAUGCCACUAACACCGACCGUCAGCGAUCAGCUGCUAAAGCUCUACCAGUGCGACACGGUCGAUGGGGUGUUUCGGGUGGAGCUGGUCAAGACGGGCCCGCUGGAGCAGGCGGACCUGUACGGGCGCGAUAGUAUCUACAUCGUCGACUACUUCCCGAGCGCCAUUUGGAUCUGGAUUGGGCGCAGUUCGCAUAAGCAAAACCGUGCCGAAGCGAUGCGCCACGUGCGUGGGUACGUGAUCAAGAAGGGCUACCCGGCCAGUACGCCGGUGGCUCGCGUUAUCGAUGGGCUCGAGCCGGCCGAGUUCGUGAGCCUCUUCCCCGCGUGGACCAGCCCCGACAUCAACGGGAACACGGUGAAAGGAAUAUCGGAGAAGUUUGAUGCACUUACGCUGAUCCAGCGACCCCGCCUUGCAGCUCGCAUUCAACUGAUGGACGAUGGAUCGGGCGAUGCGACGGUAUACCAGAUCGGUGUGGAUGAGGUGAAGGAGAUUCCCACGAAGUACGCGAAGACGUUCUACUCUGGGAACUGCUACGCCGUGCACUAUCAGGUCGCUUGCAGCACGGAACACGCGAACGGGUCGCUUCCGAACUCGAUCCGCAACAUUGUCUAUCUGUGGUGUGGGCUAAACGCACCGCAUGAACAUCGUACCCUCGGGGAAGCGUUCCUCGCUGAGUUGUGUGACCAUCUGAAGAAGAAUGUGGUUCAGAUUCGCAUCAGCGAGGGUAUGGAGCCGCCUCAUUUCCUGCAGAUAUUCAAGGGUGCACUGAUCGUGCUGAACGCGCAGGAUCCUAGCCUCGAGCAGGCGGGUGUGGUGGUCAACAUACGUAACUACCCGACCAGCUUCGUCCUAAAAGUCGUCGGAAACACCACGUACAGCUGCAAGGCGGUGCAGGUGUCGAGCAAGACACUCUACUAUCCCGAGGAUUGCUACAUCCUGAAAGCGCCGGACAACGAGGUGUGGAUCUGGUGCGGCCAAUACUCGACGGGGGACUCGCGGGAAAUGGCCAAAUCGAUCGCGGGCCACCUGGGCGAGUACAGUCUCGUGAUGGAGGGCAACGAGACGGAUGAGUUCUUUAGCUCGGUCGGAGAAAAGUUCCUGAAGCAGCUGAAGAAAACGACCACGGCGGGUAACGUGAUCGCUCCGGUGCCGAUGAACGUGGCACAAACGUGGGACCAUGCGGCGAUAGCGCUCUACCGGUGCCAGCUCCCGGAAGAAGGCAAGCCGACGUUACGUCAGAUAUUUGGCUUCUCCCAGCAGGACCUCCGACCGGACGGUGUGUUUCUGCUGGACGCCGGGAACAUCGUGUACGUAUGGAUCGGAGAUCAUACGCUGCCGGAAGAGCACGGUCAGUGUUGGGAGUUGGCCAAGCAACUUAUCGCGAGCCACCCGGUACAGCGCGACACUUCGAUGCCGAUAGCGACUGUACGUCAGGGUGAGGAACCGAUCACGUUCGUUGGAUUCUUUGACACGUGGGACAAAAAGUACUACGAGACAUGUGUUCUCUAUGAAAACCUUCGGGCGGAAAUCGACUACCCCAACGGGGUCGGUGCUGGUGGACGACUCCCCGGGGCGCCCAUUCCCAUUCCACGCUCCUCGGUGCGGAGUGACGAUGGCAGCAGCGAUGACUUUGACCGGUACCAAAAGUACCCGCUCGAUAUGCUGCGCGGUGACCCGGCCAAUCUGCCGGCCAGUAUUAAUCCGACGCGGAAGGAGGUACACCUGACGCACGACGAUUUUGUCACCGUGUUUAACAUGACCUACCACGAGUUCGAGGAGCUGCCCAAGUGGAAGCAGGUGGAGUUGAAAAAGCUCCGGAAAUUGUUUUGAUUCGAGGGAGGGGAAUACCUAACUAGAAAAGUACUAACGAUACGGUCCUACCCCGGACCACGUUUUUAACCCAUUUUGUUAUGUUUCUAUUUUACUGAAGAACUUUUAUGCAGAAACUAAUAAAUAUCAACGCUACUUUGGAACUAAAAACGGAUGGCAGUAAAACGGCCAUUAAGAUAUU